UAGAGUAAUGCAACAGAAGGCUUUUGAGGAAAGCAGAUAUCCCUGGCAGGAGUCCUUUGAGAAUGUUGCUGUGUGCCUGCCAUUCCGCUGCCCGAGGUGUGGAGACCAUACCAGAUUUAGAAGCUUGUCAUCCUUGAGGGCCCAUCUGGAAUUCAGUCACAGAUACGAAGAAAGAACCCUCUUGACAAAAUGCAGCCUCUUUCCAUCUCUCAAAGACACAGACCUUGUCCCUUCCUCAGAAUUUCUGAAACAGGGAAAGUUGCAGAGCCAUGGCCAUGUGGUCAGGCAGAAACCAAGUUAUGUUAAUUUGUAUAGCAUUUCUCAUGAACACUCCAAAGACCAGAAGCCAUUCAAGGUGGUGGCAGAGAGGCCUGUGUCCUAUGUGCAGACCUACACUGCCAUGGACAUACGUGCAGACUCUCUGGAUGGGCCGCGGUCGAGCCCUGGGCUUCCCACCUCUGACACCAAAGCUGCUUUUGAAGCACAUAUCAGAGAAAAAUUUAAUCGGAUGGUUGAAGCCGUGGAUAGGACCAUCGAGAAGAGAAUUGAUAAACUCACCAAAGAGUUGGCUCAGAAAACUGCGGAACUGUUGGAAGUUCGGGCAGCUUUUGUGCAGUUGACUCAGAAAAAGCAAGAAGUUCAGAGACGAGAACGAGCCCUGAACAGACAGGUGGAUGUGGCUGUGGAAAUGAUCGCCGCACUGAGGCAGCGCCUGACAGAGUCAGAAGAGGAGCUUCUUAGGAAAGAAGAAGAAGUUGUUACGUUCAACCAUUUCCUGGAAGCAGCAGCUGAGAAGGAGGUUCAAGGUAAAGCUCGGCUCCAGGACUUCAUUGAGAAUCUGUUGCAUCGGGUAGAACUGGCCGAAAAGCAGCUCGAGUACUAUCAAAGCCAGCAGGCCUCUGGCUUCAGCCAUGACCCCAGCGAGCAUGUGCUUACAGAUAUCUCCUCGAAUAGGAAACCCAAAUGCCUAAGCCGAGGGCAUCCACAUUCUGUGUGUAUCCACUCUGAUCUCAAGGUCCAUUUCCAUCCAAAGGGAAGGAGCCAUCUGAAGAAAGCCAAGGAUGACAGAGCCAGCAUGCAGCCGGCCAAGUCCAUACACGAACAGGCUGAGACCUCAAGAGAACUCUGCAGACUGCCCAAAAAAGCGGAGCUCCUGGGGCUGAGCCGGAAGGGCAAUAUCAGGCCCAAAAUGACUAAAAAAAAGCCAACAGCAAUUGUGAACAUCAUCUAAAAAGGCAGGUGGAUUGGAACUCCCCCAGUUGUUCCAGGGGGUGAGAAUGUUAUCGUUUUGGACACCUCCGGUAGUGGAUGUAUUGAGAAAAUAGAGGGCACAUAUAAGUGUCUCAGUGAAUCAGAAUUAAACCAAAGGGGAAUCCCAGUGAACCAGAAUUUUAUUAUCACCUCCCUUAAAAAGCAAGAGGCAGAUUACAGAAAGAAUAUUUUAAAAAUUGAAGCAAUCUAAUCCUAAAGUUUUAGCAAAACAAGACUUCAGCCUCGAAAAUAAUUGGUCUGGUCUCUAGUAGUCCUAGCCUCUGGUCUUCUGGACAGUGGUCAUUCAGGCUCAUGCCACACGAGGACAUCAGACACUGGCAGAAUUGUCAUCUGUGCCCACUGCUGCCUAAAUUGUGAGGCAAGGAAGGGGCAUGGAAAGAUCUAGUAAAAAGUGGCGAAAUAAUAUUUUUGUUCACGUUUAACCUUCCUCUCAGUUGAUUUGAAAGCCUUCAAAAUAAGAAUUCCUUUGCCCCCUGGUGUUCUGGUUCAUCAAGAUUUUAAUCUUUGGGGAAGCUUAUGGGACUCGUUCUGUCAAAAAUUCAGUUUUCAUUCUGACAGACUACUUUUCAGUUUGUUUGAUUCGGGUUUUUCUUUGUCCUUAGAUGCACGUUUAUUCAGAUGUCAAUACACUGUGCUGUGUUCUUUGACUAAGUAUUCUUCACCCUCCAACCAUGCUGCCAGCCUUGGUCUUAAUGGCUGCUUCCAUGGCUGUGGUCUAGCAGGACUUUCUGUCAGCUCCUGGUCUUGGUGCCAUGCUUGAGUGCUUGGAGUGCCAGUAGAUGGCGCUUUGAGGGUUUUGGAACCACCCUGGAAGCCCUGUAGAUACCACUCAGGCCUCUCCUAAGACCUGCUUUCCUGGUGAUAUCAGCAGCUUGCUCUCUUUAAUUGUAGGCAUGCCUUUCUCUUCAGUAGCAUAACUUUUCAAUGGGCAGCUCACUUUGUAUUUUGCUGCUUCUGUAUCCUUUAAUGACUAAAUAAAUAUACUUUCUUACCUUUCAAUCAACUAUCAGGGGUGUUCACUGUACAGUGCAUUUUGAAAUAAUUUCUGAAACAGUGCACGUAGGGUUCAGAAUCUGACACUGUCCUCCUUCAAAUGCCUUUUGUUUCUAUGAGGAAAAUCUUUUUAACAAUAUCGCUUUAAAAUUUUCUUCUAGAAUGAAUUUUCAUAUAUUUUUCAUUACAUUUAGCAAUAUCAUCAGUUCUCAUGCAGAGUUUACAAGUGCUAACAUCCCGCUAGAGACAAGAUAAUUUUGUCCACAACUAUAUAAAUAUAU